AUGGGCGACAUAGGUCAAUCAAGUGCCACGGAGUCGGCUAAUCGCAUUGAACCAGGUUCAUUUCCACUCAAUGUUGCUACAUUUCCCGACCUGAACACAUCUGAAUGCAACGACCCAAUUGAGGUCGCGAACGAGUUCGUCGAUAGCUUCAACAGGGCCCUUGAAGCACCUGAUGUUGAAGCAGUUGUCGGUUUGUUUCAAGCUCAAGGUUACUGGCGGGAUCAGCUUUGUUUGUCAUGGGAUUUUCACACACUUCAAGGUCCGGACAGGAUCUCUAAAAUCUUGAAACAAUCAGAAAAAGGUAUCCGCAUCAAAUCCAUCAAGCUCGAUACUUCUUCAGCACUUCGAUCCCCUAGAUCGUCUACCAUUGGGCCGUUGCACACUGUCGUUGCGUUCCUGACAGUGGAGACAGACGUGGGCAGAGGUGCUGGUAUCGUGAAUCUUAUUCAAGAUCAUGGAGUAUGGAAGGUGUAUACGCUCUUUACUCACUUGAUGGAGUUGAAAGAUCAUGAAGAGGGGGUCGGCGCUAGGAGACCAAAUGGUUAUGAAGGACAUGAUACUUCACUCAACUGGCUUGAUCGUCGGGAAUCCGAGCGCAAACUAGAAGAUGGAGAUCCAACUGUCCUGAUUCUUGGUGCUGGUCAAGCAGGAUUGAGUAUUGCGGCUAGACUCAAAGCUCUUGGCAUCAAAUCACUCGUUGUAGAUCGGGCAGAGCGGGUGGGUGACAACUGGCGCACCCGCUAUCAUAAUUUGGUACUGCAUGAUCCUGUCUGGUUUGAUCACUUAGCUUAUCUUCCAUUUCCUGCAACAUGGCCUGUUCAUACACCCAAGGACAAGAUGGCAAAUUGGCUUGAGUCUUAUGUUGAGGUACUCGAAUUGAAUGUGUGGACUUCUACGAUAAUCACGCAGUCUUCUUGGGAUGAAGGGACCGGAAAAUGGACUGUCAGCUUGUCUCGGAGUGGUGAAUGUCAUGAGGAAACGAGGACUAUCUCCCCGAAGGUAUGA